CAGUCCGAUUUGUGUCCUGCUCUUUUCAGCGCAUCUAAAUGACUGCCAGGCCUGUUUGAUAGUAAACAGGUAUUUAUUCACUCGGUCUGUAUUUAUUUUAACCUAAUAAUACAUUUAAUUAGUUUAUAGAAAAUAUGCGACGGCGAAUUUCUGCGUGAACGGAUUCAACAUGUACUCCGGAUCCAGGAGCGUCACAGAUAUCAAGUACUAUGGGUUGUUCAACCAAGGAGCAACGAGUUACUUGAACAGUGUGCUGCAGGUGCUGUUUAUGACCAAAGACUUCAGAGAAGCUGUACAAAGGCACAGCUGUGAUGUCCAGACUCUUGAUAAAUCCCUGAAGACCCUCUUUGAUGAGUUGAGGAAACGCACAGCUGACACCUCUGAUAUCAUAAAGAAGCUGGACAUCAGAUCAGUGGAUGAGGGUGAUGCUGCUGAGUGCUUUGAGAACAUCUUGAACAGGGUGAACAUUCCUGAGGCUUCAGAGUUGUUCCAGGGACGGCUGACAUACAAGUACAAAUGUGCUACAUGUGGAACAGAGACAAGCAACGACGAUUCAUUUUGGAGUUUAUCUCUAGAAAUGGUAGAAUCCUGCAGAAACUACAAAGUGGUGGAUAUACUUAACAAGUUUUUCACUGAGUCAGAUGUCAGGGGGUCAAACCAGCUAUACUGUAACCACUGUGCUGCCAAAUCUGAUGCUACAAUGAAAACUGAGAUGAGUCAUCAUCCAGAGGUUUUGACACUGCAGUUGAGGAGGGCUAAAUUUGACCGCAAUCUGGGGAAAUAUGUUAAAAUCACCUGCAGUGUGCAGAUUCCCCCCACCCUACAGAUACCACAUGGUGGAGAGCAGAGUCCGAUGUAUGAGCUGUAUGCAUUUGUGGAGCAUAUUGGCAGAUUUUACGACGUGACAAUCAAGUCCCAGGAUGACGGCAAAUGGUAUAAGUUCAGUGACAGUGUGGUCACACUGCCAUUCCAAGUGGAUGUGGAUUACAGUCCCAUUAGAUCCUGGGAUGCUUGUCUGCUGUUCUACAGGAAAAUUUCCAAAACAAGCACUUUGACUCAAGACAUCUGUGCAGCAUCUACUUCAGAAGCCUCCAAGAACAAUCUCAGAGACAAACCUAAGCAACAUGGUCACAAUGCAAUGACCACAGAAAGAAAAGAAGUUUCUAGAAAACAUGUAGCCGACGAUAUCGACACUAACAAGCAAUCCAGAAGCUCUGCAGGUAUCAAGUACUAUGGGUUGUCCAAAAAGGGAGAAACGAGUUACUUGAACAGUGUGCUGCAGGUGCUGUUUAUGACCAAAGACUUCAGAGAAGCUGUACAAAGGCACAGCUGUGAUGUCCAGUCUAUUGAUAGAUACCUGAAGACCCUCUUUGAUGAGUUGAGGAACAACUCAGCUGACACCUCUGAUAUCAUAAAGAAGCUGGACAUCAGAUCAGUGGACGAUCAGGGUGAUGCUGCUGAGUGUUUUGAGAAGCUCCUGAGUAGUGUGAGCAGUCCUGAGGCUUCACAGUUAUUCCAGGGACUGUUGACACUCAAGUACAAAUGCUCUGCAUGUGGCACUAAGACAAACACUGACUUUACAUUUUGGAGUCUUCCUCUUGAACUGCAGGAAUCUUUUAUUGACUACAGUCUGGUGGAUGAACUUAACAAGUUUUUCACUGAGCCAGAUUUAAGGGGGGCAAACCAGUUUCUAUGCAACCACAGUGCUACCAAAUCUGAUGCUACAGUGAAAGUUGAAAUGAAGCAUCAUCCAGAAGUUUUGACACUGCAGGUGAAGAAAGUUAAAUUUGACCACAAUCAGAGGAAAUAUGUGAAAAUCUCAUGCAAUGUGCUGAUUCCCUCCAGCCUACAAAUGCCACAUGGUGGAGACCAGAAUCAGAUGUAUGAGCUUUAUGCAUUUGUCGAACACAUCGAUUUCACAACAUGUGGAUACCACACAGUGACGAUCAAGUCCCAGGAUGAUGGCAAAUGGUAUAAGUUUGAUGAAACUACUGUCACACUGUGUUCCUACCCACCAUUCCAAGUGGAUGUCAAUCUCAGAUCCUGGGAUGCUUGUCUGCUGUUCUACAGGAAAAUUCCCGAAACAAGAACAUUGAUUCAAGGCAUCAGUGAGGCCUCCACUUCAGAAGCCUACGAACAACAUAGCAGAGACAAUAAAGAGCAAAAUGAACCGUCUGUGAAGACCAGAGAAAACAUGGUUAGAGAGGCAGCAGCCAUGAAUUAUUGUAGUGGGUACAGGCAGGAAACUGUUGACAACAGAGUAGUGAAUGUUAGAAAGGACCAAGAUAGAGUGACAGCUGGAGAAAAGCAGAGAAAUGGAGAGAAGAAACCAAAUCAAAACAAAACUCAAGCUGGAAGUCUCAUGAUAGGUGACAGCAUCCAGAACGAACAAGAAGUGGGUGAAAAUACUGCUAACACUUUGAGUCAAGACAUCAGUGCAGCAUCCACUUCAGAGGCCUCCAAGAACAAUCUCAGAGACAAAACUGAGCAACAUGGUCACAAUGCAAUGACCACAGAAAUAAAAGAAGUUUCUAGAAAACAUGCAGCUGACGAUAUCGACACUAACAAGCAAUCCAGAAGCUCUGCAGGUAUCAAGUACUAUGGGUUGUCUAAAAAGGGAGAAACGAGUUACUUGAACAGUGUGCUGCAGGUGCUGUUUAUGACCAAAGACUUCAGAGAAGCUGUACAAAGGCACAGCUAUGAUGUCCAGUCUCUUGAUAGAUACCUGAAGACCCUCUUUGAUGAGUUGAGGAAACAGUCAGCUGACACCUCUGAUAUCAUAAAGAAGCUGGACAUCAGAUCAGUGUAUGAUGAGGGUGAUGCUGCUAAGUUCUUUGAGACCAUCCUGAGCAAUAUGAGCAGUCCUGAAGCUGCACAGUUAUUCCAGAUACAGCUGACACACAAGUACAAAUGCUCCAGUUGUGGCAAAGAGACAAUCACUGAUCUUCCAUUCUGGAGUCUUCCUCUUGAAAUGGAGGAAUCCAACAGAGACUACAGUGUGGUGAAUGAAGUAGAAAAGUUUUUUACUGAAUCAGAUGUCAGCAAGUCAGACCAGUUGCUCUGUAACCAAUGUGAUGCCAAACCUAAAACAACAGUUCUUGACAACGUGAAAAAUAUGUUUAAUCGAUGGAAUCCUUUGUCAAAGAAACAACAGAAAUUGGAAAUAAAGCAUCAUCCAGCAUUUCUGAUGCUGCACUUGAAGAGAUUUAAGUUUGACCAAAUGUACAAGGACGUCAUAAAAAUCUAUCGAUAUGUGGAUGUUCCUCACAUCCUACAGAUAACACAAAGUGGAGCUCAGAGUGAGAAAUACGAGCUGUAUGCAUUUGUGGAGCAUGUUGGCGGUCUGAGAUAUGGAUAUUACACUGUGAAAAUCAGGUCCCAGGAUAAUGGGAAAUGGUAUACGUUCAGAGAUGAUGCGGUGACAUUGCUUUCCCACCAACCAUUCAAGUGGGACAUCAAUCACAGAUCCAGGGACGCUUAUCUGCUGUUCUACAGGAAAAUUUCUACAGCAGACACUUUGACUCCAGACACCAGUGAAGCCUCCACUUCUGAAGCCUGCAAUCAAGAUACCAGAGGCAAAAAAGAACAACAUUAUCUUGAUGAAAAGACCAGAAAAAGAAAGAAGGAUGAAGAGACAGCAGCUGGGAAACAAAAAUCUGAGGAGAAUAAAAGAGCAUUGUAUGACAGAGGAGACAAAAAUAGAGAGACUAGUGUGGAAAAGCGAAAAGAUAUCGAGUACCACGGGCUGUUGAACCAAGGAGCAACAUGCUACUUGAACAGCGUGCUGCAGGUGCUGUUCAUGACCAGAGCCUUCAGAGAAGCUGUACAAAGCCACAGCUGUGAUGCUCAGUCUCUUGAUGCACAUCUGAACAGCCUCUUUGAAGACCUGAAGAAAAAUUAUGCCUAUACUUACAACAUCACAAAGAAGCUGGGCAUCACCAGAGUGAAUGUUCAGAGUGAUGCUGCUGCGUGCCUUGAGAACAUCCUGAGCAGUGUGAGCAGUCCUGAGGCGUCACAGCUUUUCCAGGGAACACUGACACACCAGUACAAAUGCUCUUCAUGUGGCACAGAGACAAGCACUGAUAAUCCUGUUUGGAGUCUCCCGCUUGAAUUUGAGGAGUCCUUCAAUGGCUACAGUGUGGUGGAGGGUGUAAGGAAGUAUUUCGGUGAGUUAGAUGUCAGCGGGACAAACCAGUUGUACUGUGACAAAUGUACAACUAAGUCUGAUGCUACACUGAAAGCUGAAAUGAAACAUCAUCCAGAUGUUUUGACACUGCUGAUGAAGAGAUUCAAGUUUGACUACAAUCAAAUGACAUUUGUGAAAAUCGAUGGUUAUGUGCAGAUCCCCUACAAACUGGAGAUACCACAUAAUGGAGACCAGAGUCAGGCAUAUGAGCUGUAUGCUUAUGUGGAGCAUUUUGGUGAUCUGAGAUUUGGACAUUAUACUUCCACAAUCAAGUCCCAGGAAAAUAACAAAUGGUAUCAUUUCAAUGACACCAGAGUCACAGAGCUUACUUACAAGCUAUUCCAGCUAGAUCUCACUGAGAGAUCCCCAGGUGCUUAUCUGCUGUUCUACAGAAAAAACAUCAGCGAGAACUCCACUUCCGAAGCCUCUGAGCAAGAAUCCAAAGACGAACAUCAGCAACAUGAUCAUCAUGAAAAGGAAGACAAGGGGAUAGCAGCCAAGGACAACGAGAAAAAGCAGGAUGAUGAUAAGACAAGAGAAGAGAACCAAGAUGGAGGUUCUAGUAUGAAAGAACAAAGAGGUGAUAUGUUAGCAGAUCAAAACAGAAAUGAAACUCAUGCUUCAGCUCAUGUACAGAACAGUCAAAGUGAGGGAGAGAUUGACCAUAAUACUUCAGAGACUGACCAGAAACACAAACUGGUUGUCAGGGAUGGUUCACACAAACAUGAGCGGCAGAGAGAGAAGGACAAAGAUGUUAGAAAAAAUAAAAUAGGAGAUGCUGAUCAUUCAUCAGGGAGAGGCAUGACAGAUGAUGGUUAUGAUAAUGGUGCAAACUUUGAUGCCGUUCAACAAAACACGCAUAAUGUGAAAGAUCAGAGAAAAUGUGAAUUUCUUUAUGUAAAGAGAAGUGAAGAUGAAGACGUAGAAGUCUACAAAGUGCGUGGGAAUCAACAAAGCAAUGAGGACAAAAACACCACUAAAAUAAAAGAAAAAGAUGGGGAGGGUAACAAAAACAAUAAAAAUGUGCAAACCAGAAGAAAUUUAGAAAGUCACUGUGGUGGUAGUGAAAUGGAUCAGGAAGCUGAGCAGCUACAUGAUCAACAUGGACAGGUUGCCAUCCAUCCAGGGACAACAGAUGAUAGUCAUCAGAGUGGUAUCAUUGUAAUGUUGACACAGAAAACAGCAAAGCAAGAUGACGCUGACACUGAAUGUGAUACAAAUGCAGAUGAUGUGGAUGUUUUAACAAGUGGUUUAGAAAACUUGAAUUUAAAUGAUCUAUCAGUGGCACAGGAAGAUGGUGACAAAAACAUGACAGGACAAACAGAAAAUGAUGCUAGUGUUGAGAAUAUGACACAAGCCUCAACUGAAAUGCAAAUAGUUGAGAAAGACGAACCUGAAGGAUCUGCACAAACAGGUGUUUGUGCUGCUAUUACAACGGCUUUCUUUUAAUAAAAAUGAGUGACACCUGUUAAGAGUUAAUGAUAUGAUAAGAAACUAACUUUAACCAAACCGAAACUAUUUUUAUUUGAAAAAAAAUUCUUGUAUUGUUGAUGGAAGCUUUGCUGGUUUGGGUUGUUUUUGUCAGAGACCAUUUGGCCUCAUCAACAAAUUGUUCCCCUGUGAUUGGGGUGCAUGUGUUGUUUCUGUUGACUGCAUUGUGAUUUUUAUGUGUUUGGCUUUCUCUUGUUUAUGUUUUGCUAUUUUUUUGUUAAUUAAUUAUUUGUAGCCACAGUUUGCAGAGCACCACGUUUAAAAGUUUUAUUUGGUGUUUCAUACAGUUUUUGAAUCCUCAUCACUAAAGAAAGAAAAUCAAAGUAAACACACUGUUAUCAUUACUGAUCUACAUUAUAUUUGUUAUUUUAAGUUCAUAAUUAAAUAAAGUUGUUUAAACUGCUA